GGGAAAAGAGAAUAUAGACGGAGAGAGAGAGUGUGUGUGUGGAGUGUGAUGAUCGGCUGUUAUCACUAUCAGUCGAGUCUCCGCCAUUAUGGCGACCUCUUCCAGGUACGGUGAUAACUUUGUCUCGUUCACACUGAAUGGAAAGCUUCAGAAAGUAUCCUUAAUUCCCGGGAACACAUCCCUCAACACGUACAUCAGGGAGUUCGCCAAGCUGAAAGGCACGAAGUUCAUGUGUCGAGAAGGAGGCUGCGGGGUUUGUGUCGUCAGUUUGCAGUUUAAACAUCCUACCACUGGCCAGGAGAGGGUGGUCUCAGUCAACUCGUGCAUGUUUCCUGUUUACGCUUGCCAAGGAUUUAAAGUGACUACUGUGGAAGGCAUUGGGAGUAGAAAAAAAGGUUACCACAAAAUCCAGACAAGAUUGGCUCACUUCUACGGUACCCAGUGCGGCUACUGUACUCCAGGAUGGGUCGUUGCUAUGUACAGUCUGCUAGCGGCCAACCCGAAUGCUACCAUGAAAGAAAUCGAGGACUCCUUCUCAGGGAAUCUCUGCCGUUGUACUGGGUACAGACCGAUACUUGAUGCUUUCAAAUCUUUUGCUUGUGAUAAAAGCAGUCAGCUAGAGCAGAAGAUAGCAGAUAUAGAGGAUAUAAUGGGAAUAUGUCCAAAAAGUGGUAUCAUGUGUCAUGGUAAGUGCGGAGAUGACCAGAACAAGAAAGCCCCAUAUAACUGUGAGGACGGGUGUGAUAGAAAUGACUGUGACGUAGAGUUCCUAGAGGUUGCACUCGCCUUACCGUCACUGAAACUCGAACUCCAGGGUGGAACUCAGUGGUACAAAGUUUCUAAUGUAAAUGAGAUUUUUGAGAUCUUCCAGAUGAUAAAUUGUUCCUACAUGCUUGUUGGAGGGAAUACAUCUAAAGGGAUUCUGAAGUACAAGCCACCUCCCGAUGUCUACAUAGACAUAAAUGGAGUGGGGUACUUAAAGGCUCACACUUUCUCCUCAAACUACUUACACGUCGGAGCAAACACCACCCUGUCAGACGCCAUCGUACUGUUCAACGCUGUGUCGGUGGAGAACCCCGGAUAUUUCUCUUACCUAAAGCAGCUGGCCAAACAUAUCUGCAAAGUUGCUAACACGCAUGUUAGAAAUGUGGGGACCAUCGCUGGCAACCUGUCUAUAAAACAUGAGUGCAGAGAGUUUCAGUCAGAUAUAUUUUUAAUACUUGAAACUGUGGGCGCUAGAGUAUCAGUUAGAGCAGAUAAUGAGCAAAUCACGCUGCUGUCGCUGACGGACUACUUAGAGACUGACAUGAACAAAAAGGUGAUUCUGCAGAUAGUAUUACCUCCACUAAAUGCCCUGACAUAUAUCGUAAAAACCUACAAGAUCGCGCCAAGAGCUCAAAAUGCUAUAGCCGACGUCAACGGAGGGUUCAAGUUUUGUGUGAAAAAAGAAGACGGGUUUUCGAGUAUUAGAACGACCGAGUAUACUGUUUGGUGGCAUAAAUCCUCGCUUUACCCAUGCUUAUAUGACAGAACCUUCUACAACGGUAAACGAUUGAUGGACGAAUCUACAUUACAGGCAGCUCUCAAUAUUCUUUGCAAAGAAGUGCAGCCAGAUUACAGACUGCCGGAUACGAAACCGCAAUACAGGAGAGGCCUCACUCUGGCUCUGCUGUACAGGGUAGUCUUGAGCCUGUGCCCCAACAGUGUGAGGCCUCAGUUCCGUAGUGGAGGAAUGGACAUCACGAGGCCAUUGUCUUCAGGCAAACAGGAGUUUGACACUGACAGUUCUAGACCUCCUCUCUACCAACCGUUUCCAAAACUGGAAUCGUUAAUCCAGUGCUCUGGGGAAGCUGAGUACGUGUACGAUAUUCCAACAAUAGGAUGUGAAUUGUACGCCGCCUUCGUCAUUACUAAACAUGGACCUGCGACUCUCCAGGGACUGGAUCCUUCUAAGGCCCUUAUGUUACCUGGUGUGGUAGCUUUCUUUUCGGCCAAGGAUAUUCCUGGAGAAAACACAUUCACACCCCGGCCACAGUUUUUCUUUCCGGACAAUGAGCUGGUGUUUGCUGAUAAGGAAAUACUGUUUGCUGGCCAGCAAGUUGGCAUAAUAGUGGCCAAGACUCAAGAACUCGCUGACUUGGCCGCAGAACUAGUCCUGAUUCAUUGUAAGGACAAGAAGAGGCCAGUUCUUGAUGUUCGUGAAGCUGUGAAGAAUCAGGACACCUCAAGGAUUUUUCUCAGUUUUACUAAACCACCGAUUCCAACACCUGCUGUCUACAAAAUAGUGAAAGGAGAUUUUAAAAUGGAAUCCCAAUAUCAUUUCAUGAUGGAAACUCUGACUUGUGUGACAUAUCCAGCAGAGGAUGGUGGACUGGACAUCUACUGUGCAACUCAAUGGCAACAACAAGUUCAGGAGACAGUUGCACUACUAUGUAACAUCCAAGAAGCCAGGAUGGUGGACUGGACAUCUACUGUGCAACUCAAUGGCAACAACAAGUUCAGGAGACAGUUGCACUACUAUGUAACAUCCAAGAAGCCAGGUGAGAUUACUGACUUCUGUGACAAACCAUGCAGAGGAUGGUGGACUGGACAUCUACUGUGCAACUCAAUGAGGAUGGUGGACUGGACAUCUACUGUGCAACUCAAUGGCAACAACAAGUUCAGGAGACAGUUGCACUACUAUGUAACAUCCAAGAAGCCAGGUGAGAUUACUGACUUGUGUGACAUACCAUGCAGAGGAUGGUGGACUGGACAUCUACUGUGCAACUCAAUGAGGAUGGUGGACUGGACAUCUACUGUGCAACUCAAUGGCAACAACAAGUUCAGGAGACAGUUGCACUACUAUGUAACAUCCAAGAAGCCAGGUGAGAUUACUGACUUGUGUGACAAACCAUGCAGAGGAUGGUGGACUGGACAUCUACUGUGCAACUCAAUGAGGAUGGUGGACUGGACAUCUACUGUGCAACUCAAUGGCAACAACAAGUUCAGGAGACAGUUGCACUACUAUGUAACAUCCAAGAAGCCAGGUGAGAUUACUGACUUGUGUGACAUACCAUGCAGAGGAUGGUGGACUGGACAUCUACUGUGCAACUCAAUGAGGAUGGUGGACUGGACAUCUACUGUGCAACUCAAUGGCAACAACAAGUUCAGGAGACAGUUGCACUACUAUGUAACAUCCAAGAAGCCAGAGGAUGGUGGACUGGACAUCUACUGUGCAACUCAAUGGCAACAACAAGUUCAGGAGACAGUUGCACUACUAUGUAACAUCCAAGAAGCCAGACAUCCAAGAAGCCAGGUGAGAUUACUGACUUGUGUGACAUACCAUGCAGAGGAUGGUGGACUGGACAUCUACUGUGCAACUCAAUGGCAACAACAAGUUCAGGAGACAGUUGCACUACUAUGUAACAUCCAAGAAGCCAGUAUAAACAUGAAACUUCGGCGUUUGGGUGGAUCUUACGGCGGAAAACUGACAAGAGGAGCCUUGGUCGGAGGAGCUUGCAGCCUGGCUGCGUACCUGCUACAGACACCGGUCCGUAUGGUGGUUAAACUGGAGACAAUGAUGGAAGCUCUUGGCAAGAGAUAUGCUACUUGUUUUGAUUAUGAGGCUGGAGUGAACGAAGAAGGAGAGAUUCAAUAUUUGAACACCAACAUAUACGAGGAUAACGGCUCAGCUCUCACUGACCCUGUUACUCUUAUAUUACUAGUUCCAUCAUUCGCGAAUGUGUAUGACCAAAGAGCCUGGGGGACAAAAAUAUAUGAGGUAUUGACUGACAAACCCUGCAAUAUAUGGGCUAGAGCACCAGGCACAUUAGAAGGAGUAACUAUGGCUGAACAAAUAAUGGAACAUAUAGCACACGAGCUUGACAAGGACCCGCUGUCUGUCAGGAUGCAGAACUUGAACAGGGCGUAUCCUACCCAGGCUCUGAUAGAGAACAUAAAAGAAAAAUCAGACUACGAUAAACGUAAAGCUGCAGUGGAAGAAUUUAACAAGUGUAACGUGUGGAAGAAAAGGGGAAUAUCGUUGGUACCGAUGAGAUUUCCUUUGGAAAUUGCCUCCAACUACCACGCCACGGUCUCUGUGUACAGGAACGACGGCACUGUUGUCGUCACCCAUGGAGGAGUGGAAACGGGGCAAGGAAUCAACACUAAGGCUGCCCAGGUCUGUGCUUCAGCUUUCGGUAUAUUACUGAAAAAUGUCGUAGUGAAACCGACAGACAUAUUAACGUCUCCCAAUAAUGGAUUUACGGGCAGUAGUUACACCAGUGAAUCUGUUUGUUACGCAGUAGAGGAAUGCUGCAGGAAGAUCAAUAAUAGGCUGGAACCCAUCCGAAGUGAAUUGAUAGAGCCCACCUGGCCUGUACUGAUACAAGCCGCCUAUCAAGCUCAAAUCAACCUCAGCGCUUCGUGCAUGUAUUCCCCAAUACAGGACCCGAAAGCUUACACCAUUUUUGGAGCUACAGUCUUAGAAGUGGAACUUGAUAUUUUAACUGGAGAGCAUAAGUGUAUUCGCGUGGACAUUCUUGAGGAUACUGGCAGAAGCAUGAACCAAUUUGUAGACAUUGGUCAAGUUGAAGGAGCUUUUAUCAUGGGCCUAGGAUACUGGACAUCUGAGGAGUUGAUCUAUUGUCCUAGCACUGGGAGGAUGUUAACCAACAGGACACUGAAAUACGAGAUUCCAGGUGCUAAAGACAUACCCAUUGAUUUUAGAGUUUACCUUUUGAAGAACUCUGAUAACCCACUUGGGAUUUUGAGAACAAAAGCGGUGGGUGAACCUCCUCUGUGUAUGUCCAAUUCUGUGAUGUUCGCCCUGCGGCAAGCUCUCAGGUCUGUCCGCAGGGACAUGGGAUUGCCUGACUGUUGGUUGGAAAUGGAUGCGCCUUUUACAGGAGAGAAGCUCUUCUUGUUUUCAGAUAUCGACUCAGGAAAAUACCUUCUAUGAACUCUGAAAACCAGUAACGUUAAUUGUACGUUAUUUAGUUUUUAUUAAUGUUUUGAUUUGUGAGAAAAAUUAAUUUCAAUAUCCAUUUACCAUUUACUGUGCUUAUCAAUAAUUUAAUUUAAAUUAAAAUUCAAUUCGUAUU